CCCGGCCAGGCCGCGAUGGCGACCAGGAAGGCGGGCUCGCGGCUCGAGACGGAGAUCGAGCGCUGCCGCUCCGAGUGCCAGUGGGAGCGGAUCCCCGAGCUCGUCAAGCAGCUGUCGGCCAAGCUCAUCGCCAACGAUGACAUGGCAGAGCUCCUCCUUGGGGAGUCGAAGCUGGAGCAGUCCCUGAAGGAGCACCCCCUGCGGCAGGGGGCCAGUCCCCGAGGCCCCAGGCCCCAGCUGACUGAGGUCCGCAAGCACCUGACCGCCGCCCUGGACCGUGGGAACCUAAAGUCAGAGUUCCUACAAGAAUCCAAUCUGAUCAUGGCCAAGUUGAAUUAUGUGGAAGGAGAUUAUAAGGAGGCUCUCAACAUCUAUGCCCGGGUGGGCCUCGAUGACCUGCCGCUGACAGCCGUCCCUCCCUACAGGCUGCGCAUGAUUGCGGAAGCCUACGCUACCAAAGGACUUUGUUUAGAGAAGUUGCCUGUUUCCUCUUCUACCAGUAACCUCCACGUGGACCGGGAACAGGAUGUCAUCACCUGUUACGAGAAAGCAGGGGACAUCGCUCUCCUGUACCUCCAAGAGAUAGAAAGGGUAAUACUUACCAAUAUUCAAAACAGAAGCCCUAAGCCUGGCCCUGCUCCCCACGAUCAAGAACUAGGUUUUUUCCUAGAAACAGGACUUCAGAGAGCCCAUGUCCUCUAUUUCAAAAAUGGGAACUUGACGAGAGGAGUCGGGAGAUUCAGAGAGAUCCUCAGAGCAGUAGAAACAAGAACAACACAAAACCUGCGAAUGACAAUAGCCAGGCAGUUGGCAGAGAUCUUGUUGCGGGGUAUGUGUGAACAGAGCUACUGGAACCCUCUGGAGGAUCCGCCCUGCCAGUCACCUCUGGACGACCCUCUCCGGAAAGGAGCAAACACAAAAACCUACACCCUCACUCGGAAAGCCCGCGUCUACUCAGGAGAGAACAUUUUUUGUCCUCAAGAAAAUACUGAAGAAGCCCUGUUGUUACUGCUGAUUAGUGAAUCGAUGGCCAACCGGGACGCUGUGCUGAGCAGAACACCCGAGCACAAGAGUGACCGUCUCAUCAGCUUGCAGAGUGCCUCGGUGGUCUAUGAUCUACUGACCAUUGCCCUUGGAAGAAGAGGCCAGUAUGAGAUGCUGUCGGAGUGCUUAGAAAGAGCCAUGAAGUUUGCCUUCGAGGAGUUCCAGCUCUGGUACCAGUUUGCUCUGUCUCUCAUGGCUGCGGGAAAAUCUGCACGGGCCGUGAAGGUGCUGAAAGAGUGUAUCCGUCUGAAGCCCGACGACGCCACCAUCCCGCUCCUCGCCGCGAAGUUGUGCAUGGGCUCCCUUCACUGGUUGGAAGAGGCUGAGAAGUUUGCCAAAACUGUCGUAGAUGCGGGAGAGAAAACGUCAGAGUUCAAGGCCAAAGGCUACUUAGCUCUGGGGCUCACGUACAGUCUGCAGGCCACUGAUGCUUCUUUGCGAGGGAUGCAGGAGGUCCUACAGAGAAAGGCGCUUCUUGCAUUUCAGAGGGCCCACAGCCUGUCACCUACAGAUCACCAAGCAGCUUUCUACCUGGCUCUGCAGCUGGCCAUCUCCAGACAGAUCCCAGAGGCUCUGGGGUAUGUCCGCCAAGCUCUUCAACUUCAAGGUGAUGACGCCAACUCCCUGCACCUCCUUGCCCUCCUACUGUCUGCACAAAAGCAUUACCACGAUGCUCUGAAUAUCAUUGACAUGGCCCUCAGUGAAUAUCCGGAGAAUUUUAUACUACUGUUUUCCAAAGUGAAGUUGGAGUCUCUCUGCCGGGGCCCAGAUGAGGCGCUCCUCACUUGUAAGCACAUGUUACAAAUAUGGAAAUCCUGCUACAACCUAACCAAUCCCAGUGAUUCUGGACGUGGGAGCAGCCUCUUAGAUAGAACCAUUGCUGACAGACGACAGCUUAACACAAUUACUUUGCCAGACUUCAGCGAUCCCGAGACAGGCAACUCUCCAGAAGUAUACUUUCAUGGUUUUCCCUCCCUUUUUUCAGUUAGCUCUGUCCACGCCACAUCCGUGGCAGCAUCCAGAGUGGAACAGGCACUGUCAGAAGUGGCCUCAUCUCUGCAGAGCAGUGCCCCCAAGCAGGGCCCGCUACACCCCUGGAUGACGCUGGCGCAGAUCUGGCUCCAUGCAGCUGAAGUCUACAUUGGCAUCGGGAAACCUGCAGAAGCCACAGCCUGUACUCAGGAAGCUGCCAACCUCUUCCCGAUGUCCCACAACGUCCUGUACAUGCGCGGCCAGGUCGCAGAGCUCCGAGGAAACCUUGAGGAAGCCCGGCGGUGGUACGAAGAAGCCUUAUCCAUCAGUCCCACCCACGUGAGGAGCAUGCAGCGACUGGCCCUGAUCCUUCAUCAGCUGGGCCGCUAUAGUCUAGCGGAGAAGAUCCUCCGGGAUGCGGUGCAGGUGAACUCGACAGCCCACGAGGUCUGGAACGGGCUGGGCGAGGUCCUGCAAGCCCAGGGCAACGACGCGGCGGCCACCGAGUGCUUCCUGACGGCCCUGGAGCUGGAGGCCAGCAGCCCGGCCGUGCCCUUCACCAUCAUCCCCCGGGUGCUCUGAGCAGGCGCCUGCCAGCCUCACUGCCGCUAAGGCCCCCAGCCCCACCCCCGCCCCGGGAGCCCCCCACACCGAGGCCAUGGAGGAGCGUGCGACUGGCCACACUGAGCUAAGCGAACAAGCCCCGGUCCAUUGCUCCCUCCACGUGCAUUUCUGUUGUUGUGCUGACCAGCCCGGUGAUAGUUUCUGAACCUCCUGACAUUGUUCAAAAUGGAUUAUGUGCCAUAUUUUGUUAGUCGACAUCUGCGUUUUAAAGUCAAAUGAUAAUGGACUUAAUCAGCAAAUGUAGACGAAUAUAUUCAAAGGUAAAAUUCAGUGGCAGAGCAGAUUAUUUUUAUCAGAGCUGUAAAGAAAACUCUCCUCCCCCUACCAUCCCCGCCCCAACCUCCGCCUGGAAACCAAAUGUGAAUUUUCCGUUUCCCACCUCAGUCCUAGUCCAAGCCAGGACACCAGCUGACGAUCUCUUGGUUUUGUUGUCAAUAACUACACCGUGUGAAUUUCCUGUCCUCACUUAGAGCAAAGCCUGAUGUGAGAAUGUUUCUAUUUCACCAAUAUAUGCCUGUUACAAGAGAAGGAAAUAGGAGCUAUUUAAGUUUAACUUUUUUAUGUGAAUUCAGAGUUUAUUUAUCGAUGGAAAUAUGUACAAAGAAGCUUCAAAUGGAAUAUUUACCGACAUUCCUUAUACAUGACAGACACUUGGCUAAAUGGGAAGAUGAUGUUAAUAAUAAAACGAUUUUUAAAUGGA